ACCAAGCAUGUGUGAAUAAACUAGGCCAAAGCCAGCAUCUUGGGCCAACAAUCUUUUUUUUUUUUUUUUUUUUUCAAUAUAAAUAUCUUAACAAUUUUAUUUAGAUCGUUUUGCUGCUGAGAACUCCGCAGCUAGGGUUUCGCCACUGAAGAAGAGAUGGGAAAAGGAACGGGAAGCUUCGGGAAGAGGAGGAACAAGACUCACACGCUCUGCGUCAGAUGUGGCCGCCGAAGCUUUCAUCUCCAGAAGAGUCGAUGCUCUGCUUGUGCCUUUCCCGCUGCUCGCAAAAGGACAUAUAACUGGAGUGUGAAGGCAAUUCGAAGGAAGACCACUGGAACUGGCCGUAUGAGGUAUCUCCGUAAUGUUCCCCGCAGGUUCAAGAGUGGCUUCAGAGAAGGUACUGAAGCAGCUCCAAGGAAGAAGGGAGCCGCAGCAACCUCUUAAGGUUUCAACUAUCAAGGGACAUUUCAGUCUAUCUAACUUCUUCUCAAUUUUCAGCAUCUUGAUUAUGGCAAGAACAAUUUUUGGAAUUUUGUCUACUGAGUGUUGCUUAUUUUCAGUCACAAGCUGUUAUCGUUUUGGAUGGAUUGGAUGGUUAGAGCUUUAUUUGACAAUGGAAGUUGCUUUUUAUUUCUCACUUCA